GGAGUGAGCUUGAUUUUUCGGAGAAAAUUGCAUUGACUAACCUUUUGCAUAGGUGUUAAACUAAAAUGAAGCUUAGAUUCAGCUUUAGUUAUUUCAUACUCUUGGGCACUAUCCUUCCUUUUGGAAGCACCAAUUUACACCGGUCUAGAACUAAACAAGAUAAUUUCAAUGCACUCGUAUUAGAACAUCAUCAUCUUGACGACUUGCACAACUCCAAAGAUAUUUGGGGUCGAAAGGAUGAGUUGGAUAACGAAAUUGAAGAUUUUACGGACGAUCCUAAAAAUUUACGUUUGCCACUUGAAGUGAUUCCGCUUCACUAUUUUCUUGAAAUUACGCCAAUUUUGGAGGAAAAUUCUAAUCUUGGGAAGCUAUGGACGGCUCCUGGGAACGUCAAAAUUUUAGUGGAAGCCAUGAAACCUUCACAAAUUGUGACUUUACACGCUGUUCGACUUGAAAUCUUAAAAGUUAAAAUUAUAAAUCGGAGCACGGGAAAAAAUAUAAAAGUUGUGCAACAUGCUCAAAGUGCUCUUAGAGAAGAUCAGUAUGUUAUCACGCUAAAGGAUGAGUUGGUUGUGGGAGAAAAGUAUGAAAUCAGCUUGGACUUUGUGGCACCGGUAUCCAGAAAUCAUCCAGAUGGUCUUUAUAGAAGUCAAUACGUUGAUCCAGCAACUAAAAAUGUGUCAUAUCUGGCUUCUACCCAAUUUGAAUUUUUCUCUGCUCGCCAAGCUUUCCCAGGUUUUGAUGAGCCUGCACUAAAAACCCCAUUUGACAUCUCCAUCGGGAGGAGUUCAAAAUUUCAUUCCUUAAGCAAUUCAAAUUUAAUAUCAACAAGACCUCUGAAGGGCUCUCCAGGAUGGUUUAUCGACUCGUUUAAUACCACUGUCAACAUGUCAACAUACUUGGUGGCACUUGUUGUUUCAGACUUUACAUUUUCAGAAGCUGACAGUUCCAUCUUUAAUGGAAAGCCAGUCAGAGUAUAUGGACCAAAGUACUUAAUGGAUCAGGGAGCAGGUGAAUUUGGGGCGAAUGUCUCAGCUCAAGCAUUAGCUUUUUAUGAAAAAUAUUUCGAACUGGAGUAUCCACUUCCAAAGAUGGAUUCUGGCAAAUAUGGAUGAUCUAUAAAUUACACUUACAAGUUAUUAUUUUAUAUGUACAUAUUACUGUAUAUAAUGUAUAAAUUUAUGGGUACGUGCUUCUUCACAAUUUGAUAAUUUGAUAAAUGUAUGCAAUAAUACUGUUGGAUCACAUAUGCAGCAGAUUAAUAUGGGGUACGAUUUUUUCUUCUUUUCAUGAAAGUACUUACAUUACUGAUAUGAAUAGCCAAUUACGUAUUUAUGUAUGUAUGUAUCUAUUACAGAUCAAUUUUUAGAUAAAAUACAUGUAAGAAAUAAAAAUGUAGAGAAUAUCUGAGAAUUGAAGAUAGGAAGGCCCGUAGGAGUAUGCAGUAGUAUAUAAAUUGGUAAUUUCAAUCUCCUCCAGGAUAGUCCUGGUCAAGGAGAUGGGCUUUGUGGUAGUGUUUCUUCCUUUGCCGUCUAGUUUGGUGGUGGUGGUGACAGUCCAUUGGCCUCACAUCGCCUUGACUUUCCCAAGUUUUGAGGUGAAAGUGACCAGCUUUAUCUUUAUGGUGGUGGUGAUGGUGUCUCCCUUUAUUCAUGUUGUACUGGGAACGCCGCUCCGAUGCCGGAACAUGUGAAUGCGACCUAUCUUCCAAGACUAAUAAUCUGUCUUCCUUCCCAUUUUUGAGGUGGUUGUGACCGGUGACCUCAAAUUGGAACUGCGGCUACUACUGGGACCAUCAAAGCUCUCCUCAAAGUUGAAAGAUGUUAAUCAACGUAAAUUAAAAACGACAUGUAUAACGACACGGUCACAUACACAAAUAUUAAGUGGAGAUGAGUGUAGCAGUGGAUAUUUCACACGAAAAUGGCUAAUUCUUAUACACAUGGUAGCCAGCUCACCGUUCAAGUCAAGUUUAGACUUGUUCAGAUCCAGCAAAUAAUAAUGUGUGUUGGGUGGUGCAAGCAAGCAGCCGCUGAACUGUCGUCCACCCCACUUCUAACAAGUGACUCAUUUGAUGAGUGGCCUUCAAGCAGACCUCCGAACUUUUUCUUCUCCAGAAUUCAAAAUUAAAGAAAUUAUCAUAG